UGCAGUGUCGCUGGUGUGAACGCAGACGGAGCAGCUGAGGAUGGAGCAGAGGGACAAGAAAGCGGCUGCCUCACAUCUCAUCGUCUCACCUCACUCGUGCAAUUAAAGAGCUUCUUUUAAUAUACAAGGAGGCUUCUUCCUCACCUCCCUCCCUUCUUCUCCCUUUUUUCUUUUUUGUUUUCUGUUAAUUUUGCCGCUGACAUCUGCUCACCGGUCCACUCCUCCAUCUGUCAACACACCGCCGGCGUCGCCUAUGUGUCAGUGGACGGAAAGAAAAUCCCGGUAAAGACAGAUAAACAGAAUUUCCCGCGAGGUUUCACACCUUCUGCUGGAAGUGCCAGGUCGCUGGUAUGGACGAAGACAAUCACGUCCCCGAGGAUCUGUCCGUGGAGGAGAGGGAUGAACUGUCGAACAUCAGGCGGAGGAAGAGAGAGCUGCUCGAUGACAUAGAGAGGUUGAAGUUUGAGAUAGCAGAGGUGAUGACGGAGAUCGAACAACUGACAUGCGUCGGAGAAAGUAAAACUUCCCAGAGAAACAAACAGAUCGCUAUGGGCAGGAAGAAAUUCAACAUGGAUCCUAAAAAGGGAAUACAGUUCCUGCUGGAGAACGACCUUCUCCAGCACACUCCAGAAGACAUCGCUCAGUUCCUCUACAAAGGCGAGGGCCUCAACAAGACCGUCAUCGGGGACUACUUAGGCGAGCGGGACGACUUCAACAUCAAGGUGCUUCAGGCUUUUGUGGAGCUGCACGAAUUUGCAGACCUAAACCUCGUCCAAGCACUACGGCAGUUCCUGUGGAGUUUCCGCCUGCCCGGCGAGGCGCAGAAGAUCGACCGUAUGAUGGAGGCCUUUGCUUCGCGGUACUGUCAGUGCAACCCUGGAGUUUUCCAGUCGACAGACACCUGCUAUGUGCUGUCGUUCGCCAUCAUCAUGCUGAACACCAGCCUGCAUAACCCUAACGUCAGAGACAAGCCCCCCGUGGAGCGCUUUAUCUCCAUGAACAGGGGGAUCAAUGAAGGGGGAGAUCUGCCAGAGGAGCUUCUCAGGAAUCUUUACGACAGCAUCAAAAACGAGCCCUUCAAAAUCCCAGAGGACGACGGGAACGAUCUGACGCACACCUUCUUCAACCCCGACAGGGAAGGCUGGCUCUUAAAGCUCGGUGGCCGAGUGAAGACGUGGAAGAGGAGGUGGUUUAUUCUGACUGACAACUGCCUCUAUUACUUUGAAUACACAACAGAUAAAGAGCCUCGUGGGAUUAUACCUCUGGAAAAUCUUAGUAUCAGAGAAGUGGAUGAGCCGAGAAAACCUAACUGCUUUGAGCUCUACAACCCCAACCAUAAAGGUCAGGUAAUCAAGGCCUGCAAAACGGAGGCGGAUGGACGCGUCGUCGAGGGAAACCACGUGGUGUACAGGAUAUCUGCCCCCACCCCGGAGGAGAAAGAAGAGUGGAUCAAAUCCAUCAAAGCAAGCAUCAGCAGGGAUCCUUUCUACGACAUGCUGGCCACCAGGAAGAGGAGGAUAGCCAACAAGAAAUGAUGACUCACCCUCACUUACGUCAAGUGUCAGCAGCAUUUCUGUCAUCAGAGGAAUCCUUGUGUGUAUGUGUGUGUGUUUAAGAGUCUCAAAGGCGUCCGAUUCAUACGUUCUCCGUCAGCCCUGCGGGACAUGCAGUAAAACAUAUGGGACUAACGUGGAUCAUCCCUACUUCUGCCUGAAGAUUUGUCUGCACCUCAGUUCUUGGCUGUUGGGAAUUAAAGAUUCAAAUUCAGUCUGCUACAGGCAAAAAAUAUAAUAAAAAAAGAAGGUAAAUUCUCACCACACUAGACGACGAUGGAGAACAGCAUGAGGACUUCAUGUAACUGGAGAUAGCCAUAGCUGUAAUCAUUAGUCUUUUCAGCAUGCCCUAAUGUGAGACUACACCCUGCUGGACACAUAAGGUGCUGCAACACAUUGGGAGGAUUUGAAAGCUGAAUGUUCAGCUCCCAGCCACUCAGACCAACUUGUCUGGUCUCAGCGUUUCAUUACCUUCACCUCCUUCGACAACUGCCAACAAUAUUUUGUAGAUAAUUCGCACCUACAGAAAGCCUCAAGCUCAUCAGUCAGCUGGUCUGAUUGAUGUAGCCUUUAAGUGACUGUACCUGUAUAUGCAAACAUACUCAACAUGG